GUUUAUUUGUGCCAACAUAGUCUCGUGGUUGAGGUUCAAUAAUCGAUAUACUUGAGUCACGUGCCGACAUUUACCAGCCACUAUCAGUAUCUGGCGUUUCCUGGUUGAACUACGAUGCAUCACGUACUGCUGGCAAGAUAUCUAGUUAUUGCUAGUAUUUGUUUUUGUUUUUACUUAUUAUCAAAGAGGCGAAGUCUCCUCAACUACCUCGCGUGCGACAGCCGUCCCUUUACCUUGCCUGGUCUGGACAUCGAGGGCAUCAACCGACUAUCAUCAGAGUAUAGAACAUAUCCCCUACAACCUCCUUACAACUCGCAGUUCUGGGAGGCUGGUAAGCGACUGAGAUCAGCUACAAAGUGGCUGUAUAGCCUUGACAGCCUUAACGAGAAAGCGCCGGCCCGGCACGAUCUCACAUCGGCAAUCGAGUCAGUUACUGUGAAUCUCGUGCCUUUUCUGCCAGCCAGAAGCGGAACGCCCUUUCAAAACCUCCGGUCAUCCUUCACUAGAUCGAAAGGUAUAGUGAUUCCUGUCCGAGGGGGCCACGAAUCUAUCCGCUUCGCAGGGCACUUGAUUCGAUCCCUGAGAAUGGUGCUCCGUAGCGAACUUCCGAUCCAAAUCGCGUACGCUGGGGAAGAUGAUUUUUCUCAGAGACACCGAGACGUACUCUCCCACCUUGCUCCCAUGGCAAAUGUCUCAUUCCUGAAUGUUCUAUCGUACUUUGACGACUUUCACCUACGACUCGGAAAAGGCCAAUGGGCGAUCAAACCGUACGCGGCCCUGGCUUCCCGUUUCGAACAGGUAAUCUUGCUCGAUGUGGAUUCAAUCUUGCUACAGAAGCCUGAUAGCCUUCUCGAACACCAGGCCUUUCGCAGCCACGGCGCUUUUCUUUUCUAUGAUCGACACAAUGAACGAAAGACGGCCGCAGUAAGACACGAUCUGCCCAGAGACGGCGGUGGACGACAACUACCAAACAUCCGCAUGUCUCGGGCGCAGACACCUAGCUACGCCGAGGAGCUCGACUCUGGGGUCGUCGUUGUCGACAAGGGCCGGCCAGAGGUCCUGAUGGGGCUUUUGCACAUAUGUUGGCAGAACACAUACCAAGUCCGUAGCGAGGUCACUUUCGGGAUAUCUUAUCAGAACAAAGGGUCUUGGUGGCAGGGCUUGGAACUGACUGGGUCAGGCUAUGGGUACGAGAAAGAUCCUGGAGUUGUGAUAGGUUGGGGGAGUCCCUGUGCUGCCUAUGGUGACCGCAAUCUCGCGCCUGCUCACGUGGACGAGAACGGCGAUCUGAUCUGGUAUAGUGGAGGUUCUUUGCGGAGCAAUCUCGGUAGAACCCAAUCGUUCGGCCUUCCGGAGGUAUGGAGGAUUAGUGACCGCUGGAUUUACGGUGUAACCGGACAAGGACCAGAUUGUAUGACUAGGGCAUCGAUAAAGCCGCUGAAUCAGAUGGAAAUAAGGGCGCUGAUGUUGAACAUGGAGGCCGCAGACUAUGUCGACGAGAUCUUGGAAGGAGUCGAAGGCUUAUGAGGAUAGCUAACCGUAGCUGCUUGUGGUUGGGUUAUGCGAAGGCUCAUGUUAUCGAGGGUGUAUUUGAGGUGGGCAUGCACUUCAAAACAUAUCAGCCGACGAGGUCUUUGGUCUGGUCUAUAGAUUGUAUCUUGUGGCGUUUUAUGUUUGGAAGAUAAGAUAAUCUUUUGGAGAGAAAUCUCUUUGAAGUUAGAGCUUCAAGGAAUAUCUACAUCCACAUUGAAGCACGCUUUUUAGCGUGCCGUUUACACACGACAAGGCUGUGACGAGUAACUCAGGGUUUCACUUUUCUGAAUUUGAUAGACGGAACAGUACAUUAGCCGUAAGAUAGUCA